AUUCCGGGAAAGGAAGAAAACUUCCUCUGCUGGACUGGCAGCCUCAGUGAAAGCAGACAGGCCCUCAGCGACAGAGUGCAUCAUGGAGAGACCUGCCGCAGUGCCGGUGAGCAGGAGUCCAUCAGUACCAGAUUACAACACCUCAACCUCCACCUUGGCCUUUGACCAGCAUUUCACCACAACUGCCAAAGGAAUUCUCCUCCAGGCUGAGAUAGUAUGUGGUAUGCUAGUGUGGAUUCUGGUUGGGGGUACAGAUUAUUAUCAUCAGCCUACUCUCUGCUGGGUGAUGUUUGUUUCCAUUUUGUUCUGGAUUCUGACAGUUUCCCUGUUUAUAAUUUACCUCACUGGAGCCCACAACAGGAUACCACGGGUCCCCUGGACUAUGCUGUCGCUGUGCACGAACUGCAGCGCUACUGCACUGUAUCUGGUGGCAGCAGUAACAGAUGCUUUUUCCGUCAACCUGGAUGUCAGGGGGAGACACAACUACAACUGUUGGGCGGCGUCAGCAUUCUUUGCUUUUCUGACCACACUGUGCUACGCAGGAAGCAGUUACCUGAGCUACCGCGCGUGGAAAACUCCAGAAGAGCAGUAGCAUCAUUGCCUCCCAUCUUAAUCCAACAUCUUUCAGACUUCCUGUAUCUCAACAAGCUUUUGUGAAUCCCGUGACCCAAAGCUAAUGAGGUUGAGUUCGGAGGAAACAUAUGCUCUAAAAUUAAAAAAACAAAAAAUCUAACAAUGACAGGGCAGCUGCUUGUUUUCACCGUGUUUGGGGUUGUUUGUUUGAUGCAGCAACCAGUGGUCUACACGCAGGCACCCAGUAAGUCCCCAGUUUGAGAAGAUGAAACAAUGAAGCACAUCACACAAAAAGGAACUGAACCAGAUGCACACAUGUGCACACAAUGUGUUGGUUUUAAUGCCCAAACUAGUCUGUGUAUUGAAUUUUUCAUGUCAAAAAUGUGCCACUGAUAAAACACUGAACGUUAUACAAGUUUAUACUUCAACCAUUAAGUUUAUGCUUAAAUACAAAUUGUACAAUAAUUUGUGCAACCUUUGUUAUAUGCUUAGUGUUGCUGUUCUUGAGGCUACAUGCGAUUCUGAUUAAAAGGGCAACAUAUCA